AUGUCUAAAAUGUUGACUGAGUUUAAGGGUUUGUGCGAAAACGAUAGGAUAUCCCUAAUUAAGUACGGCCUGUUUGAACUGUUUUUCAUCCGGUCCAUUAUUAAUUACGAUAUCAAACAACAGUAUUGGAGAGUGCCCCUGCUAAAUAAUAGGACCGCUAUAUUGCGGUUGGAAAUUAUGCAAUACCUUCCCAAAAAUAUAUAUUAUUUAAGCAGGAUAUUUUUGCAUAAAAUAAUGCUCGAAUGGGAACACGAUUCCGUGAUUUUGGACUUGUGUUUAACCCAACACGGCUUCACCUUUUACAUAGAGAUUGCAUAA